AUGGUUCUCCCAAAAUUCUUCAAGUCACCCAGAUCCGUCGACAAGAAAAAACACAAGGCCACUCCGUCCACCUCCUCGAUCGCGGAACACAUCGACGACGCCCUGCCUGCGCCUGCGCCCUCGCUGCCUCGACGGACGACCGACAGCAGCCCCGUCGAGCGAAGGAAGAGCAACUCGCUCGACAAGCCGCCAUCGUACCGGCGAGAGACCGCUGCCACCGAGUUUUCAGACCCCUUCGGCCCUCCGCCAGCGUCUCCCACGGCCGCUGCCUCAGCCCAGAGCAGUCCGACCAAGGCUCCCCAUCGCCGUCUCAGCUCGAAACCGCAGCCUGCCUCGACCUCUUCGCCGUCCUCGUCGCCCCGAGCUGCCUCUGCGUCACAGGCCGCCAGGAGUAGACCGGCCCCGCGAGCGUCUGCCACCACCUCCAGGUCCCGUCGAGACCUCAGCCCGACCCUAGCUACCUCUACUCCCGUCUCUGCGGGCUCGUCGAAGCCGAAGCCGUCGAAGAAAGGCAGCAGCAGCAGCAGCGGCGGUAGUGGCCGUUUCUCACUGGACCCGAACUCUCACCCUUUAAACCUUCCGCCAGACGAGCUUCGUCGACUCUCAGCAAACAUGGCGGCAGCAGCAGCAGCCGAGCGGGAUGAUAACCUGCGCAGCUCCAUGGACCUGGACAGAGACGGGCCUUCCUCGCCUUCUUCGCCUUUCUCCUCCACGGCCACGGCUACGGGUCCGUCAGUCAAGACUGAGGCCAACGGCGUCAGCAACAGCCAGCCGGACGAAGAACGCAGCCCAACUCCCCCUCCCCAUACCUCCCCGCCACCUCCGCCUGUCGACCCGGAAGCGCAUAAACUGGCUGGAAACAAAUUAUUCAAAGCUGGUGAAUACCACAAGGCUAUUCAGGAAUACACCAAAGCUGUCGACGCCCAACCGUCUUCAUCCACAUACCUGUCGAAUCGAGCGGCAGCUUAUAUCUCUGCAAACCGGUACCCGGAAGCAUUGGAAGACGCCAAACGUGCAGAUGAACUGGAACCAGGCAACCCAAAGGUCAUGCAUAGGCUAGCGAGAAUAUACACUGCUCUAGGUCGGCCCGCAGAGGCGCUACAGGUAUACGCCAAAAUCCAGCCCCCGGCGUCUGCAAAGGACAUGGCUCCCGCUGAGACCAUGCUGCGGAACAUCACCCAGGCUGAAGAGACCCUACGAGGCGAGAAAGGCGGCUCCAUGGUUUUAUUCUGUCUGGACCAGGCUAUGCGGGGACUUGGCAACGGAAUGCUACAGCCGCGCAACUGGCUGCUGAUGCGGGUAGAAGCAUAUCUCAAGAUGGGCAAUGUGAACGCUUUGGGCGAGGCACAGAAUAUCGCCAUGUCCCUGCUCCGUGACAACAACCAGGACCCAGACGCAAUCUUCCUGCGUGGCCGGCUGUUCUACCUCCAGGGCGAUAACGACCAGGCCGUCAAGCAUUUUAAGCGAGCUCUCAGCUUGGAUCCAGACUCCUCACAGAUAAUCAAGUGCCUUCGAAUGGUACAGAAACUGCUGCGAAUCAAGGACGAAGGAAACGCAGCGUUCAAGGGCCGCAAGUUCCGAGAAGCAAUUGAUUUAUACACCAAGGGCCUCGAGGUCGACCCUAGCAACAAAGACAUCAACUCCAAACUCCUCCAGAACCGUGCUCAGGCACAUAUGAAUAUCAACCAGUUCGACAAAGCCAUUGCCGACUGUACCAAGGCUCUCGAGUUUGACCCAACAUACAUCAAGGCUAAGAGGGUACGAGCAAAGGCGUACGGAGGCGCUGGUAACUGGGACGAGGCCGUUAAAGAAUUGAAAGAUAUUUCAGAUAACCACCCUAGCGAAAAGGGAAUCCAAGAGGAAAUCCGCAAUGCAGAGUGGGAGCUUAAGAAGAGUAAACGAAAGGACUAUUAUAAGAUUCUAGGCGUGGAGAAGACCGCUACCGAAACUGAGAUUAAGAAAGCCUACCGAAAGCUGGCCAUUCAACACCAUCCCGACAAGAACGUUAAUGGCGAUAGCAGCGACGACACUCUAUUCAAAGAAAUCGGAGAGGCGUACGAGACGCUGAGUGAUCCUCAAAAGCGUCAAUCUUAUGACAAUGGAGAAGAUCUGAUAGACCCUUCUAAUCCGUUUGGCCACGGAGGCGGCUUCGGCGGUAUGGGAGGCAUGGGAGGCAUGGGUGGUAUGGGAGGACAGAACAUCCACAUUGACCCCAGCGUCUUAUUCAACAUGAUGAACAACGGCGGUGGAGGAGGUGGUUUCCAUAGCUCAGGAGGCAACCCUUUCCAAUCAUGGUAA